UCCCGAAUCGGAUACCCUGCUUCCCUGUAGGGAGGCGGGACUGGCCUUUCAGUAUUAUGACAUUUUAGAGAUUCUCAGCCAGGAUGAUCCCAAUUGGUGGCAGGCUCGUCACUACAACUCCGACAGACACGCGGGUCUGAUUCCUUCGUCGGUUCUUCAGGAACGUCGCAAAGCGCUUAUUCAGGGCCUGCCUAACGAAAACGCCUUCAACUACGGGCUCUUCAAGGGCCUUGUGCUAAAGCAGAAGAAGAAGCGGACCAAGAUAAUAUUCAAAGCCAGUGACGCCGGGGAGUUUGCAUUCAAAGAUGUCAUGGUGUAUGAAGAGGUGGCCUUGAUUUCCGGCUUUCAACGGCCAGUCAUAUGCCUAAUCGGAGCAACGGGCGUUGGCCGGCAAACGUUGCGUGAUAUGUUGAUAGAAUCAGACCCCGACCGAUAUGAAAUUGCGAUACCCUAUACCUCAAGACCGAAAUUCCCCGAUGAGGAGGAUGGCGACGAAUUCUUUUUUGAAAGUGCCGCAAGAAUGCAGAAUACCUACAAGAAAAACGGCUUCAUUGAGUUUGGAGAAAUCGAAGGAAACUUCUUUGGAACGAAGCUGAAAACCAUUCGCCGGAUUGUGCACUCGGGAAAAACCUGCCUCCUCGAUUGUAACGCCUCUGCCAUUCAGCUUAUACGUACGGCCGAAUUUAUGCCUUAUGUGGUCUUUUUGGCAGCACCGUCGGUCAGUUGCCUAAAAGCCAUGUAUGAGUACGGACGAAGCAUGGGCUUCUGUGAAACUUGGAAACGUGACGAAGACUUCCGGCGUACAUUGGACCAAAGUCGUGAGAUUGAACGGGACUAUCGUCAUCUUUUUGACAAAAUAUUCAUCUGUGAUAAUAUCGAAGUGACUUUUGACGCGCUGAGAAGACACCUAGACAGCUUGUUGACGGAGCCACAGUGGGUACCGGCGAAAUGGCUGUACUAG